AUGUCUGAAACAAAAACCCAAGAAGAACAACAACCACAGUCUGGGGAGGAGAAAAUCGUCAGUCUGAAAGUUGUCAUUCCAGGAUCCGACGAACCUCUCGAAAUUCCAUGUUCAGUAGAGGACACUCUCUUUGAUAUAACGGAAACUCUCAAGGUUUUACCAUCUACUCGUGAAUAUACUGCAUACAAGCUAAAAUUGAAUGGUGCAACUUUCCCUGAAGAAACUCUUAUUGGUGACCUAUUAAAGAAUGGUGAAAAUGCCAAACUCAUAUUAGAGCCUUCCCCAUACAAUGAAAUCACUGCUAGAAAACAUGUUGUCAACGCUAGAAUUGCCGCUGGCUUAGACUCACAAUAUGACUCAUUUGCCGAAUAUUCGGGUGUAAAUGCUGGUGCAUCUACAUAUGCUCAGUUAAAUCUCAAUGAGACAGUUUCGCAGGCAAAGAAAGAGAAAGAAAACCAAGAAGAAAAUAAGAAGGACGAAGCUGAAGAUAAUUUUAAGGUUACAGACGACGAGAAAAAGGAAAUCAAGGAAAUAGUUGAUCAAAUGAUCAGCUUGUCUCCUCAACUCGACUCAGUUGCAACUGUCCCACCUAUCAAACCAUCUCCAGCGUUAAAAUCUCUUUUCAUCUCCCAAUGGUAUCCAGCUGAUAUGUCCAGAAAACUAGCAGGUGACUUGUUUUAUUUACAAGUGAAAACUCUUGAAAAUUCAGUUUUCAAUAUCACUGCUCAUGUUUCAGGCUUUUUUGUCAACGGAUCUUCUGAUAACAAGUUCGAUGGGUCAAUUUCUACUCUUAGAAAUGUUAAAACAUCAAUGGACUACUCUUUACUUUCUCUAUUGAAGGCUCUAUCUCCUUCAUUCGAAAAACAACUUGCCAAAAAUGAUGAAAUCUUAUCUAAGUGUUCUCUUGAAACCUACACAGUCCCUACAUCUACAGUUGUCACUGCACCAUGGUUAGUCAGUAAGGUAGAGGCUCCAACACCGGACCUCGGAAAAUCCCAAUAUAAUUAUUUAUAUGGUGGUAUUGAUGGCUCUGACUUGCAAGUCGAUUGGAAUAAAGACUAUCAGUUCUUCAAAGAUCUCCCAACUGAAGAUUUGACUCAAAGAUUCAACAGAGAACAAACUUUAAUCUCUAAUACAUCGGACUUCACAAGUGCUGCUACAAAGGGCGCGAUGUCUGUUAUUAGAGGAGAGAUUGAACCUGUUAACCCAGAGGAAGAUCCUCAAUUCCAUGUCUUCCUGAAGAAUGGUAUAUUUUACUCGAAGGCUGUUGAUUCAAUCGGCCAAUUCCAAGAAUCAGGUGGUAACGACGCAGCAAGAACUGCUGCAGGAAAGGAUAUUGGUUCCUUGAAGUACUUGAAUAAGUACGAUAUCAAAGGUAUCCAUUCUUUGUUAACUACGGUUGUCGAUUAUUUAGGUCAAAGAAUUGUUUGUCAAGCACCUGUUCCAGGUAUUCUUGCUACCGACGAGAACAUUCCAGUUGAUGGGGAGAAACUUCCAGAGUUGGAGCAAUCUGUUAAAUAUGGUUUCAUCGAUGACCAUUCUGAUGUUGUUGCUGAUCAAUCUUUUGCUGAGACGUUCAAGGAAGUCGGUGAAGCUUUCCAUCUGAAGCCACAUAAAGUUUGGAAUAAGGACGGCUCAAAAGUUGUCGAUGUUGUAACCUCCGCAUCUACAAAAGGUACCAAAGGUUCCGAUGAAAGGAAAUACAUUAUCGAUUUAUUUAGAACAACUCCUUUGGAUAUUGAGUUUAUUGAGGAGCAUUAUGACUCGAAGAAUGCUGAUUCUUAUCCACAUAGAGAAGCUACGUUAAGGCAUGAGGCUAUUAACGAAUGGAUUAAGAGAGAAACUGCAGUUGCUGUAAAGAAGGAAACUGAGAAAUUGGAGAAAGAGGGUAAAGUUGACCCGGAGAAUAAACCAACCAUUGGUAUUGAUAACUCUCUUUUCCUACUAAAUCCAGACGCAUUUUCACUAACUCCUGCACCAACAUCAGAAUUAGCAGCAGAAUUGAAGAAAGAUGAAGAAAAGGUAAGAGAAGUUUCGAAGUUUGUCGGCGGUGUUUUAGUACCUGAAUUUAUCAAAGACAUGGAGAGAUCAGAAGUCUACAAUGCAAUUGAUGGAAUUCACUUAUCUAAAGUUCUUCAUGAAUCUGGUAUCAAUGUUAGAUACUUAGGUAAGAUUGCUAAGCUUGCUCUUGAAAGAAAGAAUGAAUACUUGAAGGAACAACAAGCAAAACUUGCGGAAAUUGCUAAAAUUAACGAAGAGGUCGAGGCUCAAGAAGCAAAGGAAGCAACAGAUAGAAAUGCGAAGCUAGAAGCUUUGAUUGCAAAGAAGAAAGAAGCCGAUGAAAAGAAGGAGGACUAUCCUGAAUUCAAGGCUGAACUUGAAGCUUUAGAUAAGGAAUUUAAAGAGCAAGCAAAGGAAAAGGAAGAAGAAGAUGCAAAGGCUACCUCCAAGAUUAACACUGUUCCAGUUGCUAACUUGUUACAAUCAUUACAUGACAUUGCUCUUCAAGAAAUGAUUGCAAGAGCUGCUAAACACUUUUUAAGAAAACAACUUGAAAAUAUUCCGUUGCCUCUUGCUCCUUAUGUCAUUUCACACAUUCACAAUUGUUUGCUAGCAUCUUCUGCUAACCCAGAACCUGAAGCACCAAAGUUGAAUCCGCUAUUAGCCGGAAUUUACAAAGAUUUUGAUUUAUCCAUUCUAAAGGUAAACUCCAAAUAUGUACUUGACAGUGUUUCUAAGGAGGUUUUUCUUAGAUACAGAUACGUGCUACCUGAAAACUGGGCAGAAUCAGUUAAACCUAUUCAAUUGUUGAGAUCUAUUGCUCUGAAAUUCGGUAUUCAAUGGAAGAUUAGAGAUUUUGCAUUCACUAAAGAACAAUUGGAAGCGCAAAUUAACAAUCAGAAACCUAAAGAAGAUACCAAGUCUGGAUCAAAGAAACCAUCAAAGAACUUGGAAGUUGUCUCAGUCACAUUUGUUCCGGAGGACAUUCUUUGUAUUGCACCAGUUGUCAAAGAUUCGAUUUUUGAAUCCAAUUCCGUUCCAGCUGCAUGGGAAACUGCUAUUAUUAAGUUAGCAAGCAAGGAGAAGGAAGAAAUUCAAGAAGGUUAUUUCUAUGCAAACCAGGCGAUUCAGUUUGCUGAAAGACUUUAUGGCCCUGUUAACAAUAUUACUGCUACUUAUCUGACCAGUUUGGGUGCUCUUUUUAAGGCUUCUAAUGAUAGCGCUGAUGCAGUCCAAUUGUACAAGAAGGCAUUCCAAAUUUUUGAAAGAUGCGCUGGUAUUGACUCUUUCCAAUCGUCUCUUGCCUUGAAUCAAUUAGCAGAUGUUCUCUUGUCUAACAAUGAGCCAGCUAAUGUCAUGAAGGUGUACAAGAGAUUAGUCAACUCAUGGAUUUUUGCGUUUGAUGAAACUCAUUCUAACGUUCAUAACUUACUUACAUCUGCUGCUAUUAUUUUGAUUAGAUUAGGUAUGAAUGCCGAAGCUAUUAAGGUUUUCAACAAAUUAGUAGAAUUAAGCGUGAAGUCAUACGGCGAAAUCAGCCAACAGGCAGCAUUUUAUCACUCUCAAUUAUGUAACUUGUUAUUUGGUGAAAAGAAGUAUGCUGAGUCUCUUGAACAUGCUAAACUAUCAUUUGAAGCAUAUAAGGUUACUCUCGGCUUGAAGGAUAAAUCUACUUUGGAUGCAAAGAGAAAUUUAGCAGCAAUCAGUGGCUAUGUUCAACACUUAAAAGAAGAAGCUAAGAAUUCACAAAAGAGGGAACAAGAAGCUAGAAGAUUAGAGCAACAACAAAACAUCCACAAAAAGGAAAUACAAAGGGCCAAACAACCAGCUCCUAAUCCAGAACUUGCGCAAAAGAGUAUUGAUGAUAUUGUUGCCUUCAUCAAUGGCGGUUCAAGUUCAGACAAGAAACCAAAGCAAAAGAAAAACAAGAAAAAUUCCAAAAAAUAG